UCGCGCCGUUGGGCCGAGCCGAGCCGAGCCGAGCCGGGUGGAGGCGGGGCCGUCCUCUGGCCGCCCCCCCAAGCCCCCCCUUCCCCCGCGGCUCUCCGCGCAGCCGCCGCGCCAGGUUUGGGAGAUCUCCAUCCCUCCCCGUCUUGGGAAGAGCUGAAGCUCCGGAGAGAUGCCUCCCCCAUCAGAUGUGGUCAAGGUAGCUGUGGAGUGGCCAGGAGCCAAUGCUCAGCUGCUGGAGGUUGAUCAGAAGCGGCCCCUGGCGUCCAUCAUCAAAGAAGUGUGUGAUGGCUGGUCACUACCCAACCCCGAGUUCUACACGCUGCGAUAUGCUGACGUGCCUCAGCUGUACAUAACAGAACAGACUCGCUGUGACAUAAAGAAUGGGACCAUCCUGCAACUGGCCGUUUCCCCGUCUCGGGCUGCCCGCCAGCUGGUGGAUCGGACCCAGUCGCACAGCAUGGAGGCUCGGCUGGAGGCUAUGAAGGAGCUGGCCAAGCUGUCUGCAGACGUGACCUUUGCCACCGAGUUCAUCAACAUGGACGGCAUCCUCGUGCUGACUCACCUGGUGGAGAGCGGCACCAAACUCUUGUCCCACAGCUACGGGGAGAUGCUGGCGUUCGCCCUGACAGCCUUUCUGGAGCUCAUGGAUCACGGCAUUGUUUCUUGGGACAUGGUCUCCAUCACCUUCAUCAAACAGAUUGCGGGGUACGUGAGCCAGCCCACCGUUGACGUCUCCAUCCUGCAGCGCUCCUUGGCCAUCUUGGAGAGCGUGGUGCUGAACAGCCAGAGCCUGUACCAGAAGGUUGCAGAGGAGGUCACAGUGGGGCAGCUCGUCUCCCACUUGCAGGUCUCGAACCAAGAGAUCCAGACCUAUGCUAUUGCCUUGAUCAACGCUCUCUUCCUGAAGGCCCCAGAGGACAAGAGACAGGACCAGCUCCUUAGCCCUCUAGACCUGCCCUGCACCGAGAUGGCCAACGCCUUGGCCCAGAAGCACCUGCGAUCCGUCAUCCUGACUCAUGUCAUCCGAGGAAACCGCCCCAUUAAGACGGAGAUGGCUCAUCAGCUGUAUGUGCUUCAGGUCCUGACCUUUAACCUCCUGGAAGAACGUAUGAUGACCAAGAUGGACCCCAACGAUCAGGCGCAAAGGGACAUCAUCUUUGAGCUACGGAGAAUUGCUUUUGACGCAGAGGCUGAGAGCAACAGCCUGCCUGGCGGGGGGACAGAGAAGCGCAGAGCCAUGUACACCAAGGACUACAAGAUGCUGGGCUUUACGAACCACAUCAACCCUGCUUUGGACUUCACGCAGACCCCGCCAGGGAUGCUGGCCUUGGACAACAUGCGUUACCUGGCCAAAUACCAUCAGGAUGCCUAUGUCCGGGUUGUCCUAGAGAACAGCAGCCGGGAAGACAAGCACGAGUGCCCCUUUGGGCGCAGCGCCAUCGAGCUGACCAAGGUGCUCUGUGAGAUCCUGCAGGUUGGAGAACUCCCCAACGAAGGUCGGAACGACUACCACCCCAUGUUCUUCACUCACGACCGUGCCUUCGAGGAGCUGUUUGCCAUCUGCAUCCAGCUACUUAACAAGACCUGGAAGGAGAUGCGGGCAACGGCAGAAGAUUUCAACAAGGUAAUGCAGGUGGUGCGGGAGCAGAUCACCCGGGCACUGCCCUCCAAGCCCAGCUCCCUCGACCAGUUCCGGAGCAAGCUCCGCAGCCUGAGCUACUCGGAGAUCCUGCGCCUGCGUCAGUCUGAGCGGAUGAGCCAGGAUGACUUCCAGUCCCCGCCCAUCGUGGAGUUACGGGAGAAGAUCCAGCCAGAGAUCCUGGAGCUCAUCAGGCAGCAGCGCCUGAACCGCCUCUGCGAAGGGAGCAGUUUCCGCAAGGUUGGCAAUCGGAGGAGGCAAGAGCGCUUCUGGUACUGCCGCCUGGCACUCAACCACAAGGUGCUGCACUAUGGAGACUUGGAGGAUAACGCCCAGGGGGAGGUGACCUUUGAGUCCCUGCAGGAGAAGCUCCCUGUUGCAGACAUCAAGGCGGUUGUCACUGGGAGAGACUGUCCCCACAUGAAAGAGAAGGGAGCCCUGAAGCAGAACAAGGAGGCACUGGAGUUGGCCUUCUCCAUCCUCUAUGAUCCCGAUGAGACCCUGAACUUCAUUGCGCCCAACAAAUACGAGUACUGCAUCUGGAUCGAUGGCCUGAAUGCACUCCUGGGGAAGGACAUGGCCAGCGAACUGACCAAGAGCGACCUGGACGCCCUGCUGAGCAUGGAAAUGAAGCUGCGCCUGCUGGACCUGGAGAACGUCCCCAUCCCGGAGGUGGCCCCCCCCAUCCCCAAGGAGCCCAGCAGCUACGACUUCGUCUACCACUACGGCUGAGCCUGCACCGCCCCCACGCGCCCUGGCCUCUGCUGGGCUGAGCGACUGUGGCUUGGGGGGGGGGAGGGGGAGGCAGACCCUCCUUGUGCUUUUCCUUCUGUCUCCGGAUGGCAGGGGGCUGCCUGGGGCAGGCGGGCCAGUCGAGGGGUUUAUCGAACUUCAGCAGCCGCUGCUGCUGCUGCCGCCCCUUGGUCCCCAACCACAAUGUGGGGGGCGAGUGCUGUCCCGUGCCAGCGUGAGCAUCUGCAGGCUCUCUGGAGGAGGCCUGGAAAGGGCCGGGAGUGAGAGUGGCCUGGGUGCACUGGGGACGCUGGCGGGUGCCCAAGGAGCAGAGUGCUGCCGGACAGACCUGCUGCUGCCUUCUCCCGUUCCCCUCUCUGCUAAUGUGUACAUUAAAGCUCUUUCCUUGC